AUGUUUGCCAAAUAUUUCCCUAUUGACUACCUGGAGCCCAGCAAAAAUUAUUGUCAGAUAGCUAGAAAUAUUUGCCGAUCAGAACAAUGGAGAAUUGGUGAUGUUUUGGCUCCUGCAAAAAUUGGCAUGGGAAAUUAUACACAGACGUGUUUCAGAGGAAAGGUUGGCUCGCUAACCUGCCAGCAACAGAAGAGCCCUGCCGAUGUCGCACGAGAUGAAAGGAGCCUUGCCUUCGAGACUGUUCCUGGCGCUCUUGUCCUUCAGGCUAUGCGUGGCCGCUGGUCCUUCCAUUGCAGGACAUGCUUGGCAUCCGGUCACAAAACCCAGCUCACAGAACGCCCCACUCCAGAACGUCGUCACCCGGAGCAAGAUCCAGUGCGCAGGCGCCGCCAACCAAAAGCAGGACGUCUCUCUGUUCUGUUACACGGAUGGAGGACAUUGCUCCUUGUUCGGGGUCCCGGCGAAGAGCUUCUACGACCCCGCUGUGGACGGAGAGACUGGGCCCUGCUGGUCCCGAGAUCCCCCGCCUCCCUCGACCACUUCCUCGACAGCCACGAGUACUUCGACUACUGCAGCCCCCUGUACGGCUCCGUUCCACACACUAGCAGGUUGGAAGAUCUUGGGUGCUUUUACGAGGACAUUACGUUGAGGUCCUGGUCAAGUGGUCGCUCGUACUGCCAGGUCAUUGGAGGAGACAUGGCCGUCUUCGAUACCAGCACCGACUUCCUCCGUUUGGCAGAUUACUACAGUGCGCAGACAACAGUGACCGGCAUUUGGGUAGGCGUCUACAACCGGGUGUGGCUAAGCGGAAGGACGCCCUCCAGCUCCGAGUGGUAUAGCUCUGAACCCAACGGCUCUGAUUUGUGCGUGGACCUGAGGAGUGGCUAUGGGUUCCUGCUUGGGGAUACAGGUUGCUCUAUUGGUCACAUGACCCUUUGCAAGGCUUAUUGAGAAGGCUAGCCUGUCACUUACACCGCUAGUGUAUAGUAAGCUCUUUAACUGACGUCCUAGAAGAAAUCUGUGUGAUUCCUGUUUCAUAAGGAUGAAGUUGCUUAUAUUCCUUCUUUAUCUCGUUUUGAAGUUAAAGUUGAACAAAGCGCGGACUAGUUUUUACAUUUCCUCCCGACAGUCAUCGAGUUCUGAGGGGAAAAGCACUCAGAUGAUCUUUAUGUCCUUAUGCACUGCACUUUUCUUUCUCUAUUUGCAACUUACCGUAUCUUACUGAUGUCCGACUGAUUACUUCCUCCCUUGUCCGUUUUACCAUAAAUGAGUUGUUCAGAAAGUAAUUGUCAAAGCAGUGCAGACGCAGCCACCAAACAUUUCAAAACGGUGCAGAAAGUUAGUUUGUUACGUCCUCUAGCAAUCGCAACUAUACCUUUUUGCUGUUAAUAUCUAUUAUCCCUGGCGUGCGUUUUCAUUUUUGCUAAAUAUGCCUUAAUCAUUGGUAUAACAGCCAGGAAA